GGGGGAGGAGGGGGGACCCGAGGGGGCAGAUCCUGGAGGAACGGGUGUCUGCCCCCCAGCCCCAUGCUGUGCGGCAGAGCCAGGCAGGCUGGAGAACUACAUUUCCCAGAGGCCUUUGUUGCUGCUGCUGCGUCAGUUGGGGGGGCUGGGCUGGGUAGGAAGAGGCUGCAGCUGCUGGUGUGUCCAUGUGACUGAGACCCGCCCCCCACAGCGAUGUCGGCCCAGGUGAAGGAUAAAGAGGCUUUUCAAAGGCUCAGCUUCCUCUACCAGGCGGCUCACUGUGUCCUUGGCCAGAACCCCGAGAACCAGGAGCUGGCGCGAUUCUACUGCCACACGCAGCGCAGCAUCAGCCGCAGGCUCGUCCUGAGACAGGACCCGUCAGUGAAGAGAACUAUCUGUAAAUCCUGCUCCUCCCUCCUGGUCCCUGGCAUCAGCUCCACGGUGCGCCAGAGAAGGUGCCGCGGCCGGCGCUGGUCAGUUGUACGGUGUCUCUGCUGCGGCCAGACUAAGCGCUUCCCAAGCAACCCUGCGUACAAGCUGUGGGCGGAGCAGCCUGAGGCCCUGCUGGAGAACCAGCCCCAAGCUGACCAGAAACCUGCAGCCCCCCAGGGUCCCCCGAAGGAGCCCUCAGCACAGAAGACUGAAACCCCCAGUGUGACCUCCAGUCUCCAGAGCCGCCCCACCCCGUGGGGGACUGCAGAAGCUGGGAGCCACAUGGAGAAAGGGGGCCCAAGCAGGAGGUGACCCCGGGGAUGGCCACAAGCAGGGGCCAGUGGCUUGGAGCCUGAUCCCAGCCAGGGGUGGUAAGGAGAGGCCUGGGGCAGGUUUUAGGAGACUCUGUUCGUAAGAGAGGUGCCAAGACUGAUUCGAAAACGGGGAGGAAGAGGAACGACCCCCUCGAAACUAUCUACUCCCGAGGCACUGGCUGGCUCAGGGGGUGGGGAAUGGGAUACGGGAUCUUUCCCCUCUGUGGGGCACCAGCUCCCACCUGGCCCCAGGGCAGGGGACUGGCUGGCUCAGUGGGGAAGAGAAUGGGACACGGGGCCUUUUCCCCACUAGAGAGUGCCAGCUCCGAUCCAGCCCCAGGGCAGGGGACUGGCUGGCUCAGGGGAUGGGGAAUGAGACAUGGGCCUCUAGGGGGUGUCGGUUCUGAUUUGGUGGGGUUUUUUUGGGACCCUUGUUUAUUUAUAAACAUAAAAUCAAAUUGUA